UCUUUUGAGGUUGGAAUUUUGGAAAAUAAAACGUCGUAACUUGCAAGACGUGCCAAAGUAUUUAUUCAAAUCAUUCAUAUAUUAUUCAUAAAUUUAUUCUGUAAUUUCAUUUCAUUCUAUUGUGUGUUAUUAAUAAGUGGUUCAGUGAUAAAUUCUUUUAAGUGAUUCCAAUCAUAAUAAAAUGCAAUAAUAAUAUUGCAUUCAUGAAGGUUAUGAUCAGCACUGCUAAAUACAAUCUCAAUAUUGUCCAAUAUUUUUAUUUGUGAAUAAGUUUCAAGUGAACAACUCUUUGUUUAAAAAUGGGUGGCAAGAAAAACCAGGCUCAACGAACUAAAAAUAAUGUUCGGCCAUCAAGUAGUGGUAGAAGCGCCGAACUGCUCGGCUCAGGAGUCACUAGUUUUGUUGGAUUUUCAACCGUAAAAGAAGCUGGCUAUGUCCCUGUACUGUCAGGAUUUGCUGAAGAGGUUUAUCAGAAUAUCAACACAAACUUCCAGUUGGUUUUGAAGAAAAUGAACAAGAAAGAUUCCGUUACAAAGUUAAAGGCUCUAAAUGAGUUUGGUGCCCUCUGUCGUGAGUCUGAUGCAGCCACUGUGAAAGCAAUCUUGAGCUACUGGCCAAGACUGUAUUGCAUUCUAGCCACUGAUGUUGAACAUCGAGUCAGAGAAGCUGUCCAUAAUGCACAUCGUGCUGUGGUAUCAGCAGUUGGUCGAAGUAUAGCACCCCACUUGAAGCAAUUGGCCGGAGCAUGGUUUUGCUCUCAGUUCGACACUUAUCCUCCUGCUGCUAGUGCCGCUUCACUCUCAUUCAAGGAAGCUUUUCCACCUAACAAAUUGUCAGAAGCGAUCAUAUUCUGCAAGGAAGAAAUAAUGAAUUAUAUACAUGAUAAUUUGAUGAAUCAAACUCCACAAACUCUGAGUAAUCCAAAAACUACUACUCAAGAUGAAAUGGAAGCUAAAUAUCAACGCGUCAUGGCUAGUUGUCUCACGGGGUACGCACUGUUUCUCAAAGAAUUACCAAAAGAACAAAUCCUCCAGAUAGAAGAACAAAACAAAAAACUAGUUGGAGCAGCCAAGUUUUGGAAAUUCUCAAAAAAUCCUGUUCCAUCUAUAAGAGCUGCUUGGUUCUCAGCAUUGGUCAGUCUUUGUCAGCAUGCUCCAUUCUUGUUGAAAGACGAAAAGAAACACGUGACUAUGGCCGUGUUCAGUAAUCUGGAUGAAGCCGAUCCAACCGUCUUACCUGUUGUUUGGGAGGCAUCUCUCCAUACGAUCGUCAUGAUUGAGGAUUGGCCACAAUAUGUAAGCGCUGAGAAACUAGUGUUUCCCAAGCUGUGGAGGAUUCUGAAGGAGGGAGGCUUGGGAAGUGCUAAUACCAUCUAUCCGAACAUUCUCCCACUACUCAGCAAUAUUCCAGCCUCACUUGUACCUGACAAACAGAUAUUCUAUUCCAAAUUGUUCUCCAAUAUGAUAGAAGGUACUAAACUGAAAAGUGUCUAUCAAAGUCAAAUGGAAAGUGAUACCGUAGCUCAAUGCUUCAUGGAAUGCCUUAGUUACAUCGUCAUGAAGAACGUGGAGGAACCAGAUUUAUGUAGCCAGCUCAUUAGUACACAGCUGAUGGCUUUCAUAGAGCUGACAAUUAGAGAUUCCAAACUGAGGCUAGUGAGAAAGUCGCUCGCCCAAGAGGUGGCCAAAAGCAUCAACCAGUGGACAGGUCAACAACAUCAGACCUACAAAACGCUCACCCAAUGUUUUUGGACUGAUCUGUACUCAUCUUGUCAGAAGCUCAUCGAUUCCAGCCUGUUUGACAGAACAAUGCUCAACGAAAUCCUCAAUGCUCAAGCCGAGCUGUUUAACAGUUUGUUCAAUUUGAAAACCAAGCAGAAGAAGAGUGCAAGGGUGACAUUCUGUGAAGAUACAUCAAACCCCGUUAAAGUCAUCGAAACGCCGCUAGAAAAAAGCACUUUGAAUGCGGACUAUAGAAACUAUUUGUUCAAUUUCAUUUGUAAAAUGAUGAGUUCCUACUUCAAGUACGUUUUGGAGAAUGAAGCGAAUCGGUCAUCGUUUUUCAAACACUUGUCUAGAACAGUAUCGCUUCAUGAGUCGAAUGAAUUGUUUGCGUUUAUGACCUUGUUAUCUGUGGACAACACGACGUGGGAUCAGUUCUACAACGUGAACAUUAUCGAUUGGCUGAAAAAUGAUCAACUGGAGAUGGAGGAUGUUCUCAAUUUGACGUUCUCAUUUCUGAAGUACGCUCACAAGGAUAACAAGAAGGAGGGUGCCCUGGAAGCCUUGAGCAAAAUUGAUGGUAAAUGCGUUCUGGAAUGGUGUUUGAAAAAAGAGAACACGUCUCAUCAUAGUGUAAGAGACUGGCUUCGAUAUGAGCAGACCAACGAAAUCAUCCACUCUCUCUUGGAUGAAGUAACUACAAGUAGAUCACAAGACGGCAGAGAGUUUGCUAUAAUCAAGCAAUGCUUGUCUAGGAUUGAAAACUCAGAAUUCGUCAUCAGUCAGGAAGCAACUAGCACAAUUUUGACCAAACUAGCAAAAACUGUUGAUGAUUAUAGUUUGGAUAGUGACGCCAAAAUCAACAUUGAACUCAUAUCUGAGCUUCUGAUAGAAGGCUUUGAAACAAUCAUGAGUUGCAACAAAUUCAACUUGUACUUGGAUAAAGCGGUUGAAAUAAUCAGCUUCUGCUUCAAAGUGUGUCUGAACCAAAACUGUGCGGCCCUCGAAGAAGUUUGGAAAAGUAUGAUUCUCAAUUUGGUCCCGUACGUGCACAGUGCUAACCAAACCGAAAUUAUUGCCAUGAUCGGGACCAAGUUUUCGGACAUGGUUGCGGCUUCUAUAGCUUCCAGUGACUGCCCAACUGGAGACAGUAUUCAGCGAAUGGUUCACCAGUGUGCCAAGUUUCUUCACAGCUUGGAAAAAAGCGAAUUCGAGGGUGUCGGUGAUAUAGCCCUGCUAUUUUUCGACAAAGUGCAGUCGCAAACAAUAAAUGUGUGGGACAAACCGCUCCUGAACCUGUGUUUCCAGGCAGAAAUAAUCAACGGCCACCUGGAUAUGUCGACUUAUGACGAAGAUUCGAGCUGUUUGAACGAGAAAUCGAUUGAGUGUUGCUCGCAGUCAGUUAGCAAGUGUGUGAUGUCGUCUUUGUUCCAAGUGAUGUUGUUCUUUGAAAUGUUCGGCGUCGAAGCCAAGGAAGAUCGUGACUACUCUCUGAACGGAUUGAAUGCCAAUAUAUUCUCUACCAAUAUGGCGAAUUUGGUGCUAAAAAGUGCCAUGUUCCAAAUUUUCAAAAAUAAUUUCUACAAGACUAAAGACUAUUUCAAGGUUGCAGAUUUUCUUGCUGGAAUUGAUACGAAAAUAAAAGAACUAGUUCAAAGACUUGACAAAAGUGGACUGAAAGAGAUCGAGAAAGAAAUUAUAUACAGGGGAAGUGAUAGCAUCUGUCCUGGACUCUGGGCUGAAGCGUUGUACGUCUUCCACUCGGACAUACUGGGCACUGAAGACCUGAAUGCUGCUCUUCAUAUUUUGUUGGAGGAAAAUCAACUCAUUAAAUCGUCACCACUCUGCUCAAAACUACUCCCGCAGGUGUUUGCUAAUGGAAUAAUCUCCGAAGAAGAGCUGCAUUGUGGAGACCUUGAACAAGAACUGAAUCUUCUGUGUUGCCAUCUCAGAAAUUGCAGUUCCGAAAAUAAAUCGCAUCUGAUACAGCAGCACUGCAGUGCGUGGCUGGAUAAAAUAGUGAAGCUUGGAAAAAUGAAUACAUUCGAAACAAAUCUGUCCAAGUGCAAAGAAAGUGAGGUGAGGUUGGCGGCGACUGUUGCCGAUUUCAUGUCACUCAUGGUGCAGCACUGUCCCGAGCAAUUCGAUCGAGUCGGCUGGGAUUGUCCCAUGAUUGCCACUGCCUCCUGGAUCCUCAGCAUUCAUAAGACUGUUGGCUCGGAAGACACUUUCUAUAGAUCACUUGUUCAAUACAGUAGUCUGAAAAGAAAAAAACAGGCUAUUGCCCAAAACUUAUUCAAUUGGUUCUAUCUUUUUACAGAUUAUUAUUUGGAGAAGCAGGUCAUUGAACCAGGUCUGGUGAUAAUCUUGUUGAACGAGCUGUCUGAGAUUAUCGGGAAGUUUGUUGAGGUCGACCUGUUCAUCGACUCCAAUGGACUGUCCGCCUGGCUGGAUACCUGCUGUCGACACAUGAAGUCGCAUAUCGCUCAUAUUCAAAUCACCGCCUACAACCUGUUUUUGAAGCUAGUUCCUCAAAUAAUGUCGAGAGAUGCAUCUUAUGAAGAAGGUACCACAAACGAUGUUUCUUGUAAACGGUUUAGAGAUGCUCUUACUUAUACCCAAUCCAUAGUAGAUACCAUGCUCUGUGAGUUCCAACUAGGAGACACAUGUUUCGUAGAGCCAUUCACGGAUAGCUAUACCUAUACUUUGGCCUACUUGUUCCUAUGGUUGUCAAUUUUGGAACUGUGCGACAAAGCUGAUUCACAACUUCGAUUCAUGUAUACUGGCUGGAUCAAAGAGAACCAAUUCAUCAACACUCUGAUGAAAACCCUGUUUUGUCUCAUGCCUGAAGAAGCAAUUCACACAAAGAAUCAGGAAGGAAACGUGAAGUUCAUCCAGGAUCUGUAUGCUGCUCCUCCUGAUGUCUCCAAAGUGAUGUGGGACAGCAGCAUGGUGGCCCACCUGAGCUGCUUCACCUACCACCGCCUGCUGGCUCGAAUGCCAUCAGAGGUGCGUCAGUGGUGGAGUCAGCUGGACCACAAGAUGGCCGUGCUGGUCGAGCGACUCACCACCACGUUCGUCUCACCACUGCUCACCGCCAACGAGAUGAGAGCCAUUCAGAACGACAAGGUCAACUUCCAGAAUAUGACUGUACAGGUGAGACCCGUUGCAAGAGAGGUGGCAGCCGUCUACACUGUGGAAGAUUCCAGGACAGAGAUAGUGAUACAGCUGUCGGUGAACCACCCCCUGCGACCGCCCAAGGUGGAGAGUGAGAAGUGCAUGGUGUCAUCCGCCCAGACACGGCACUGGGUUAUGAAGUUGUCCUCCUUCCUCAGUCAUAAGAACGGUUCAAUAUGGGAUGGAUUGAUACUUUGGAAAAAUGAUUUGGACAAGAAGUUUGAGGGCGUCGAGGAAUGCUACAUCUGCUUUGCUAUUCUAUGCAAUAAUCAACAGCUUCCAAAACUGGUUUGCCAAACCUGCAAAAAGAGAUUCCACUCGAAAUGCUUGUACAAAUGGUUCACGACAAGCAACAAAUCUUCGUGCCCUAUCUGUCGCAACGAUUACUGGGCUAACUAAUUCACUCAUCAUUGGAACUUCAUUCACUUACGUCAUUCUCCAUCUUAAUCACCGUAUGGGUACAAUAUUAGAUUAUUGAGAUACUAUCUCACUCUGCGUGGUAGGACUGUAUAAAUGUAAAUUUGUUAUAUUAUUAUAUUCUAGAUCGAGUUGUAGAAUAAACAUUUGUUUACAAAAAUUA